UUUUACGUUUUCCAGUGGAUUACAGCAGCCGACAGACGGUAGGUCGGUAGGCGGUUUGUACAGUCUAGUAGGAUCCAGGUGGUUUUUGAUGACUAAGAGUUGCUUUUCACUAAAUGAACUGGCACAGUAAAAGUCAAGCAGAUCCACAUUAUCAGAGUGUGCAGAAUUCAGACACCCACAGAGGUGUCAAAUUCCUGUUUAAACCCGCGGCAACCCACAGGUUUACUGGCACUUCAAGCCUUGUUUUGCAGUCUUAACAUAACAUCCUAGUGGGACGGUUUCGGAGUAAGAUGAGGCAGCCACGACUUUGACUCUUCAGGAACUUUCCGACAACAGUUAUCAGUAUCGGGUUGCGAAGAUGGGUGAAUAUGUCGUGUCUAGAUGCCUGCAGCUCUGGAUAUGUCUGACGGCAGUCCUCAGACUCCAAGGUAAGGUCUCCGCGCCGGCAGAUCUUCAGGUGAUGGUUGGCCUCCCUCUGACGUUGGGCUGUAACGUUACCAUGGCGGCGGGGGACAAACUGAUGCAAGUGCUUUGGACGGACCCCCAAAACAAGACCAUCUUGUCUUACAGUCCCGAGAAGGCAGACAGCGUCUCCACCCAAAAAGAGCACGUGGAGUUGGCCACGCACCACGAGUACACCAGCGCGAUAACCAUCAAGAAAACCGAGUCUGGCGACGAGGGCUGCUACCGCUGCGUCUUCAAUAUAUAUCCUGUCGGAACGCAGGAAGGAAAGGCAUGCCUUUCUCUCAUGGCGAAGGUGGAUUUAGUCGGGAAUAAAACAGCAGUAAGUGGUAAAUUAGCCACCCUGUCCUGUAGGUACAGACUUGCCGAGAAGGUCAAGCAGGUUUUGUGGAAAAAAACGGCGGAGCAGGGAGACACCACCGUCGUGGCCUCUUUCUUCGGGAACUCGCUGGACGUCAUGGAACCUUUCCGGGACCGCUUUAAACUAAGCCGCUCCCUGGGAAACACCCAGCUCUCCAUCCAGUCGGUGAAGACGGAAGACGAGGGCUGCUACACCUGCGAGUUCAACACCUACCCGGAGGGCACCAAGAGCGGCACGGCCUGCCUCACUGUCUACGUGUUGCCCAAACCUCAGGUGGACUACGUCACAGUUUCUCCGGGGGUCAUCGAAGCCAACUGCUCGGUGGUGUCGCGACCUGCCUCGGAGAUCACGUGGAACAUAGAGAACGACAACCGUACCCUUGGACCCGCAGUUACCUCCUCCUACCAGCAGGGGGACGGAACGACAAUGACGGUCAGCUCUCUCCUGCUGCAAGCGGAGCUGCUGGAUGAGGAAACCGUCACAUGCGUGGUGCAGCACAAGGGACUAGAGUCGCCCCUCUCUGUGUCUAUCAGCAAACUCGGGAAGACCCAUGUCAUCCUCAUCGCCGUGGGCUGUGUUACUCUCCUGCUGCUCCUGUGUCUGUGUGUGUGUCUAAAGAUGUGUUAGCCACACAUCUCAACUCUUUACGGUUUGAAAUGCUGCUAAAAUGAAAUCUGAGACCAGAGAUGCUGCCAAUGACGGCGCUGUGGUAGACCAGGAGGGACUGGGACGAGCCCCGCGGUCUAGACCCGUGACUACCUGAAUCCCUAACUUUCAGAGGGCUUGAACGGCACUGGCCAGCUACGAAAUGGCAUCCAUACAGAAUACACUGAACACCAUCACUACGAAUACUAAAUGUUUAUGUUUAUGUUAUCUGUACACGCUAGCCGAGUCUAAUCUUGCAAGCUUUUUCGUCUGGCUUCAGCACCGUUACACUGCUACCCAAACAUGCUCCUUAAAGUCCUCAACGUAGCUGUUUGGGGUUUUUAAAAAAAAAAAAAAAAAAAAAAAAGAUCCCGUAA